UGAGUAGCUCCCAGGUCUGCCUACCCUCAGUGCAGCAGCAGGCCAGCACAGCUGAGCAGAGGCUCCAGGCAGGGUAGCCAGCCAGGAGGCCCCGAAGCCUUCUCAGAACCUCCCCUGGUACCAGAGCUUUUGGCCGAUUGGGUUAUGUUGCCUGCGGGCUGACAGCUGGAGAGUGAGAGUCACAGAAAGAGUGACCAAGAGCCAACCAACCAUGGACACUCCAGAUAAGGAGGACUAUGAAGCUGCUAUGAGGGAGAAUCUGGACCUGGAGAACUAUGAAGAUCCUGAGCAGAAGCUAUCAGAUGUUGCACUGGGCGAGCAAGACAGAGACAGAGGCCAAGUGGGUUUGCAGGACAGCACCUCACGCCCUGGCAAGAGGAGGGUGUGGAAUCCCUUCCGCCAGUACUUGUCCGGUCACAAAACAGCUUAUGACCUGAAUAAGAGGAGGAGAAUGGAGUUGGGGCCCCUGGGCAAGGCAGGAGAAUAUCAGAGACGUGAUGGCAAUGGGCAGAGUUCCUCCUCAUUAGAUGGGAACCACAAACCAUCAGAGAGCAACAAGGGCACCCGCCUGACCACCUCCAGCUGGAAGACCCAUGAGGCAUAUGUGGAGUUGCAAGAACUGGUCAUGGACAGAAACAAGGAGCUGUGCUGGAUGGAGGCUGGCCAUUGGAUCAAGCUGGAGGAGGACUUUAAGGAGGAAGGACAAUGGGGGAGGCCGCAUCUCUCAUUCUUGACCUUCCACAGCCUGCUGGAGGUGCACAGGGCCUUCAAGAAAGGUACCAUCCUCCUUGACCUGGAUGAGAGGAGCCUGGCAGGCAUUACCAACAAGCUGAUAGACCAAAUGAUCUAUGAAGGUCGGCUGAAGCUCCAGGACAGGGAGGAGGUCCUGAGAGCCCUGCUUCUCAAGCGCAGACACCCCAGUGAGUCUGAAUCUCUAAGGACCCUAUCCCCAGGCCGACUGCAGCGACCUGGCUCAAAGGACAUUGAGCCAUCUCAACCCCUAAUGCAAAAACAAGAGCAGAUUGAGAUGGAGACAUUCACCAUCCCAGAACAGGAAAAGCCCAGCACAUCUGCCAGUGGAGACAAUCACAGGACGCAGCUCCAGGAGGGGAUCCCAGAGGAUGCUGAGGCCACAUUAGUUCUUGUGGGAUGUGCCACCUUCCUAGACCACCCCACCUUGGCCUUUGUACGCCUCAAGGAAGCUGUGGAGCUGGACUCAGCCUUGGAAGUGCCUCUCCCUGUGAGGUUCCUCUUCAUGGUUCUGGGGCCUGAAUCCCCACAUACCAGCUACCAUGAAAUUGGGCGGGCUAUCUCCACCAUGAUGUCUGAAAUGGUGUUUCAUCGGGACGCCUACCUGGCACAGGAGCGCCAGGACCUGAUAAAGGGAGUGGAGGAGUUCCUGCAGUGCAGCAUUGUCCUGCCACCCUCUGAGAUCCAGAACGAGCAACUUCUUAAGGAUCUGGUGCCUCUGCAGAGGGAACUGCUGAAGAAGAGGUACCUGCCAGUGGAGAAGAAGCCAGAGCUGGAGAUUGAAAAGGACGUGGAUAUAGACCUCAAAGCCAAGGGCCUCACUGAUGACAAAAAUCUCCUGAUUCGGACUGGCCGGCCGUUUGGGGGCCUGGUGAAUGACAUCAAGCGCCGCUACCCCAAAUACCUCAGCGAUAUCACAGAUGCCCUCAACCCACAGUGUUUGGCUGCUGUUAUUUUCAUUUACUUUGCUGCACUCUCGCCUGCUAUCACCUUUGGGGGCCUGCUGGAUGAGAAAACAAAUUCUGAAAUAAAUGUCCCAGGAGUCCUGAUCUCCACAGCUGUGCAGAGCUUUAUUUUCUGCCUCCUUGGUGCCCAGCCCCUGUUGGUGGUUGGCUUCUCAGGUCCUCUGCUGGUCUUUGAAGAAGCUUUUUAUCAGUUCUGUAAGACACAAAGUCUGCCGUACACCGUAGGCCGCGUUUGGAUCGGCUUCUGGCUUAUCAUCCUGGUGGUGGUGAUGGUAGCUUGUGAGGGCAGCAUCCUGGUGCGCUACAUCUCACGUUACACCCAGGAGAUCUUCUCCUUCCUCAUCUCCUUCAUCUUCAUCUUUGAGACCUUCUCCAAGCUUGUCAAGAUUUUCAGGGAACACCCUUUGAGAGAGAGUUACAACAAGACCAGUUCUAUAAACUCCAAACGCAUCCUACAGCCCAACACAGCUCUGCUCUCCCUGGUCCUCAUGGCUGGCACCUUCUUCAUUGCCUACUUCCUGCGCAAAUUCAAAAAUAGCAGCUUCUUGCCAGGCAAGAUCCGGCGUGUGAUUGGAGACUUCGGGGUGCCCAUUGCCAUUUUCACCAUGGUGUUGAUAGACUUCUUCAUUGAGGGCACGUACACGCAGAAACUGAGUGUUCCUAAAAAUUUACAGAGCUCCAAUUCCAGUGAUCAGGGCUGGAUUAUUCAUCCACUGGGACCACAACGUGAUUUCCCAAUCUGGAUGAUGUUUGCUGCUUUUGUCCCUGCUCUCCUGGUCUUCAUCCUGAUUUUCCUGGAGACACAAAUCACAACGUUGAUUGUGAGCAAGCCCGAGAGGAAGCUGGUGAAGGGUUCGGGCUUCCACCUGGACCUGCUCCUGAUUGUUGGCAUGGGAGGCAUAGUACCACUCUUUGGCAUGCCCUGGCUCUCUGCCACUACAGUGAGGACCAUCACUCAUGCCAAUGCCCUGACUGUGAUGACCAAGAGCACUUAUCCAGGGGAGAAGGUCCAAGUCCAGGAGGUCAAGGAGCAGAGGAUCACUGGGCUCCUGGCAGCCAUUCUUGUAGGUGUCUCCAUCUUCAUGGAGCCCAUCCUGAAACUGAUCCCACUGGCUGUGCUCUUCGGGAUAUUCCUCUACAUGGGGGUGACCUCCCUGUAUGGGAUCCAGCUCUUCGACCGCAUUCUGCUAUUUCUGAAGCCACCCAAGUACCACCCAGAUGAGCCCUAUGCCAAAAGGGUAAGGACUUGGCGGAUGCACUUGUUCACCUUCAGCCAGAUCAUAUGCCUGGCUGUCCUGUGGGCAGUGAAGUCCAGCAAGGGCUCCCUGGCCUUGCCCUUUGUCCUCAUCCUGACUGUGCCUCUGCGUCGCUUCCUGCUCCCCAGGAUCUUCCAGGAUAUUGAACUCAAGUGUCUGGAUGCAGAUGAUGCUGUGGUGACCUUCGAUGAGAUAGAGGGCCAGGAUGUGUACGAUGAAGUGCAGAUGCCCAUCUAAGCCCCCAAUCCACAUGUGUCCUCCAGAUGAGGAACAAUGGGCUCUUUUCCUUCACUGGGCUUUCCACAGAAUGCCCAGAGCCUGGCUUCACAGGAUUGAUCAUUUGUGUCUGUGCGUGUAUAUGUGUGUAUGCUGCCCAUACCUUCCCUCAUGGCAUCCUGCAUACACACAUGUGCAUAGGCACAUACAUGAGGAUUCCAAGGAAUCCACAUAACUAUACCACACUCUUUAGAUUGGCUCCAGAUGUUAUAGGCUUGUAAAAACAUACGCUAAGAUUUUGAGGACAUAGCUGCAUUAGACUGGUUGAAAUGAGAACCCAACGCCUGAUCUCUGGACUCCUAUUAGUGUUAGCUCUGCAGCUAGAUAACCUAAGAAUGUGUAUCUCUUCUUGUUUCCUUCCUGUGGCUUGUAGUCUUCUGAUGUUCUCACGCUCCAGUGCUGUGAGGAAGGAGGCUUGCCUCCUUGCCUGGAACAUGCAUGUAUGCAUCUGUACACACAUGAUCUGGAGCUCCCUUUGGCCCAGUCCCUGGGAGCAAUGAGCUCUUUUGUCAGAAAUCUUCCUCCCAACAGCAGAGUGAUUUGUAGCCCCUGGCACUGGAGUGCAUAAACCAAACCAAAGAUGAGACAUCUCACAGCAUGAGGACCAGAAAGCAUGGGUCAGCAUUUCUCCCACCCAGCAGAAGAUGGACGCUUCAGAAAAGACCAACGAGAAGGUGAGCAAAGAUGUAGAGAAGAUCCUUCAAGAGGUCCUAGUGGCAGCUUUGCAGUGGCAGUCACCCGUUCCACAGAUAAUCCUGGUGCCUAUGGGCUAGACAUAGUUUAGGGAGAACAACACCCAGGCUGUCACAACAGCAGCUUAGGACUAAACAACCCCCAGCCCACCCAGGGAAGCUGGGUCCCACUUUCAGCCUUCUGCAUAGCAAUGGGAGGGGGGAGUCAGGCAAGAUGAACCCAGGAGCCUGUGACUAGAGUGCAUUCUCCCUGACUUUCUGUCCAAGCCUUCUCCCAAGCUAACUUUGGUGCUCAGUAGCGUGAGGUCUCUGCUCAGACAGGACCAUUCUCACUAGAUAGGCUAACAACCCCCUUUGCCAUCAGCAUAGGGCUGGGUAAGCUUCUGGUCUACUCACAUGCUCCAGCUUCCUCCCACUCCCCCUCUUAAUACUCCCACAGGUGCUGAAAAGGGAGUGCCAUCUCCAGACUGAGGCAGACUCCCUGGCCUGGCCCAGGCUGCUAUGCUAUCAAGUUGUGUUCAGAUCCUGCUUGAGGUGGGGAGGGUGUCUCUUGGGACAUGGCUCUGAUGCAAUGCAGCAUCUCUUACCUAGGGCCAAGUGAGUUAUAGUAUAAGCAAGUGGGGCAGCCACUGAAUGCAGCUGGGCUUGCAUUUGCUUACACUCAGGCUGUAUUCAAUUUAUAACCAGGCACUGGUGCUCGUCUUCCAUUUGUACAGAGGCCGCUUUUGCUUUCUACUGGCUUGAGCAGGGUUUGUGGGACAUCCUGAGUAAGGCUGAAAUCCUUCUGCCAGGUCUGUUGUGCUCAGCACAUUGAAGGACCUAGCCUGAGGCUCAGUACCAUACCUAGACUUCUGGCAGCCCCAGGCAAACUUUUAGUAUUGGGUCCCCUUUCGCCAGAGAUAAUAAUCAGACAACAGAAAAAAAUGACCAUUUUUGGGCCCCCUUUCUGUCCGGGCCCCAGGCAGCCUCCCAGUUUGCCCAUGCCUGUGUCCAGCUCUGCCUAGGCUCAGUUCUUUCCCCAGCUCUCCAGAUUCAAGCCCUCCAAUAUACAAAGAGCCUGAAGCAAAACGGCACUGCUCUUUGCCUCACUGCUUUUUGCCUUGUGCACCUCCACUGAUAGGAUCAGACUAGUGCAGUGCUGUAUCAGGCCCUCAGGCUGGUAACUGCCCCAGGUUUAACCCCAUGCACACUGGUUUGUUUGAUUGAUUGAUUUAGUUAGUGUGGAAUAUAGAUCUGGGGCCAGUCCUCAACUGGCAUAAAUUAGCAUCAUUCCAUUGGCAUCAAAGGGCUCGAUGCUAGUUCACACAAACCAAAGAUCUGGUCUCUUUCCCUUUUGUUUGUGUUAACUGAUCAGUGUCUUUCCCAGGGAAUUGAAUAUGUAAAUACGAGGAAAAGAAAUGUUUGGGUGUGGGGGAGGAGGGUGGGUUGGCAUGCGGGAAAUUAUGAGAACAAUAGAUAUAUAAACAAGAAAUUAUGAGGCUUUUGCUGUUAGAUUUUGUUUAAAACAAAACAAAUGAAAAAGGGAGUGGAUGAAAUGACCUGUAUAUUUUGCGCUAGUGGUAAGAGGUGUUUGUAAUUUAUUUAAUGAGUGUAUUUAAAGAUAUGUAGAUUGUGCCUUUGCUUUACAAAGGAAUAUCAGGGGCCUGUGUGUGGGGAAACAGGCAACAUAGGACAGCCAAGAAAGGCUUUUUAAAGGAUGUUCGUCACAGACUGAUGUCCAGCACAUCAAUGUCAUUGUCUUUCAGAUGCAUAUACGUAUAAUAGUCUUAUUUUUUUAAUUACAAUUUAGUUUUAACUGAAACAUUCCCAAGUUUAAGCACAAGGGGCUGAACUAUAUUCCACACUUACACCCAUGCAAAACUGGAGUCCCCUUUCCUGACAUGGGUAGGAUGGUCUGGGUUCACACUCAUGCACAUGAAUUUAGAAUUUUUCCCAGCAGCCCAGGUGCUGGUAAGUAGCCAGGAAGACCUACUGACCACAAGCAGUCACUUGAAACUAUUCAUUUGCUGUUGCUUUUCCCAUUGUUAUCAUCUUAGAGCUACAGGAGAUGUAAGGAAGAACUGUGUGAGAUAGAAAGCCUGAUUUAGCAUUAGAAACUGUGAGCCAGUAUGAUGCUUCAAAAAAACCCAUGAACUUCACCAAAGCCUGUGGAAGUCAACAGGGUUUUUUUUCCAUGCAUGUCAGUGGAUCUUGGAUCACAUCCUCUCUAGUUUUAUUUCACUGGAUAAUCCCAACCUAUAGGUUGCUAAGGUGCUAAGUCAUGGGUGGACAAAAUGCGACCCGUGGGCCGAACGCAGCCCACCAGGCCAUUCUAUCCAGCCUGCAGGGCCCCUAAAAAAUCUAGAAAAUUAAUAUUUAUCUGCCCUUGGCUGCCUGUCAUGCGGCCCUCAAUGGCUUGCCAAAACUCAGUAAGCGGCCCUCCGCCUGAAAUAAUUGCCCACCCCUGUGCUAGGUAGUUCCAUGGGGAGCUGAGCACUUUCAGCACUGACCAGCCUAAAUGGCAGUUCAGGGUGCUUAGCACCUUGUAGAUGAAAGCCCCUUGUUUUUUGGUCCUAACUCUCCUCUGCCUUACUGUGGUGUAAGUCACGAGUGAAUCCACUGAAAGUAGCAGAUAUCCUAACUGUAAAAGUAGGGUGACAUAGGGAGAAUCAAACCCUUUGCUUUGAGAGACCUUCCAGAGCUCUUAUAUUUGGAAAAUAAGCCUAAGGGAAUAGGUGGGGCCAGGCUGUGGUGUAAUGGGAAUAUGGCUGUACCAUGUGCUUCUCUUAUAUAAUGCUGGAUUCCUUGAAAAUUUUGUACUGGGAAAAGUAUUUAGAAGUGCAGAUUGAACAUGAAUUGACUUGUACCUUGAAAAGACAUGGGAUUUGGUUCUGCUUUGCAGUGCUCUAACAUUCUUCUGAGCCAUGCCCCUGGAAUUAAGAGUCACCUUAGACUUAGGACUUAGGUACAUACAAAUGGACCUCCCUCGAGGGGCUGGGAUCAUGCAUGUUAUAGUCAUGGGACCAAGAGACAGAUUCUGAACGAGUCCAUUUCUCACAUGUGAAUUCCCAGCUAAAGGGCCUGGUUCCACACUUGGCCUUUCAAGCAAGACUUUUAAGAGCCAAAUGUGUUCACUUGGCUCAGAUGCUUUAUGUGCUGGUGUCUGAGCCAGAUCUGGAACUGAGCACUGUGUGUGUUUAUGUGUGUUGAGGGGGCUGUGGGGGAGAGAGAGAGAGAAACUGUGUGUAUGUGUGUGCGGGCAAAAAAAUGAGCGUGGGUAUGUGCACUCGUACGUACUUGAAAAAGAUGGAGAUUUUGUGUAUGUGAGAGGGUUAGGGACUGUGUGUGAAAGAAAUGAGUGUGUGUUUGAAAUAAAAAGGUGAUUUGCCAUGCGUGAGUGUGUGGGUGAAAGAAGUUAUGAUUGUGUGUGUGCCUGUGAGUAUGCAUGUGUGCGCCCAAUUAGACAGGCUGAGAAUUUGCUCUUUCUCACCACCUGGGGAGAAAAAAGGGAAGGAAGAGACCUUAAGACAAAGCUGACUUUAGUGUGAGCAAUCAAGUGUGAAUUGUACCUCACUGUUUUAUUGCUUUCUUGUCUGAGCUGUGUAGCCCAAAUCAGAUCUCUCUAGAAGUAUAUUGUAUUAAUAAUGUUUGUAGCUUUACCAAUUAUGUGUCAGAAAUAACUCAAACUUUGCAAGCUUUGAUUUUUCAUUAAAUAAAGAAAUGUGCCUCUCUAUGAUGCUUCUAAAAAAAUGAAAUAAAAAUGAAACUGAAUGAACAAAGA